AUGGCGCCCCCAUUAUCAAACCCCGAGAACUGGAAGAUCAAAGGUACUCGGUUGGUCCGCCCUCAGUCAUUCCCAGUCAAGCCGGCGGCUCCCGGCGAAGACAAAGCUGUCGCUACUUUCCACCGUAUCUCCACCAAAGUCGAUAAAGCUCGCACGGCUGUCGAACUACAAUCUGAUGACCCCGAAGUCCUACUCAAGAGCAUUACGUAG